UUCUGUUGUAACGCCCAUUAGAGCAACAGUUCGCAGAAAUCUUUGUAUUCGCUGUUCGACACGAGAAGACAACUGUUGUAACGACACAGCAGUGGAGAGAUGGCGGAAGUGGUGCACAUGAUCGACAGCGAGGUGUUCCUGGCCUUCUCUACAUAUGCCACCAUCGUCAUCCUCAAGAUGAUGCUAAUGGCCCCUCUGACUGCAUACUUCCGCCUCACAAGAAAGGCCUUUGCAAAUCCUGAGGACGCAGGGAUGAGGAAGAACGAGGAGGAGAAAAAGAAGAUGGUCCGCACAGAUCCGGAUGUGGAGAGAGUGAGAAGAUGCCACCAGAACGACCUAGAGAACAUCAUCCCUUUUGUGGUGAUUGGCCUGCUGUACGCUCUGACUGGACCGGACCUCCACACUGCCCUUCUGCACUUCCGGAUCUUUGUGGGCUCACGCUUCAUUCACACCAUAGCCUAUGUGAUGGUCCUCCCUCAGCCGAGCAGAGGACUGGCCUGGAUGGCGGGCAUGGGCGCCACCUUCUCUAUGGCCUACAGGAUCCUCACUACUGCCCUUUACCUCUAGGGGGCGCCGGUGCUAAUGCCACACCCAGUUCCAGCCAUCUAAUUAAUCCACUUUUUCUGCAGAGAAAAGAGGGAUGAAAUGUCUUUUUUAGUCUGUUUCAAAUUAUAUUCUUUUUUUCUUGUCCUCUUGUGAAAUGCACUGUCUCGUUAAGUUUUUCAUUUUCCUCUGUUGGAAGUGCCUUGGAUGCAGUUAGCAUCACGUUUUGGGUUUGAUGAUUGUCUAUCGCUAUUUUGCUUAAGUCUUUACAGAGAAAAUAUUUUUCUUGUUCACAUUUAAAACCACCUUAGACCACUUCUUUGCAUUUCUUUAUCAGGUGUAGGAUUGAAUUGUUUUUAACUUCAUAAGAAAUUGGGGGAAAUACACACUUGUUUGGUAAGAGACAAAGGCAGACAGUAUAUUUUUAAUGCAUUUAAGUGCCAUUUAGAAUUCUGUGGAAGCUGAUGUCUGUAAAGAAAGCUUUAGAUUGCCAUGUAUGUGGGCUUUAAAACUACAAGUUCCCUUUCUGCUUGCCAAGUCAAACUGAGAUUUUAGAUUGGCUAAAUCACAUAUUUGACCAAUCAUAUUGUAAAAUGCGUGAUGAUGUCAGACCGAAGCUAAUUUGGACUGUCGAAAUAGCCACCCAUAGACGAAAAAAAGGAAGUGGACAUUGAGCUUAAGCUGAAAAUGCUUGUGUCAGCAACGCGGCAGACUCAUUUUUCGGCUUCCAGGGGGCCGGUCGUUAAUGUCAAUGUUUAAUUAGAACUGAAAACAAAGAGGGAACAGACAGAAUGUGUUAGAGAGGGGUAUGUUUGCUUCUUGCUACUGUCUGUGUGCCGAAGGAAUCGUUGCACUAAUUGGUAUAUUGUUAAUUUUGGAAUUGUGCCUGUGUCAAGAGCUUUUUUUCCCAGGCAAAUUGGAGUUGUUGAGGCAGCACAAUGGUGACUGUAUUCCUUGCUCAGGUGCGGCUUUGUUUCCUCUGCCCUGCUAAUACUGCUGUAACUGCAGUGAGGUGUUCGGAUCAAAGUAUUUGACACAGCUGAGGCCCCCUGGUGGUACAAUAAUGAAUCACAGGGAAGUUGCUUUGCCUGUCUUCAAGCUCAUGUUUAUUUUAUGAUCAUUUGGCCAACAAAUGUCAGCAGUGGUAUUUUAGGUUAUACCUCUGUCUUCUGUCUGUGCUGCAGUAUAAGCGGUGCAUUUUCUAAAAGAGGCGUUGAGGGCAGCAGUUAACAUAAUUCACAAGCGCUGGCUCAGUACACAUGGCACUAGUUGUCAGUGUGCAGGUACCUAAUAAAUCUAAGACAAGAGCUUCAUGACUUAGGUUAAUGCACCUAAGACUAAAGGAUGGUACUGUGCAAAUGUACACAAUUCAUGUAACACAGCACUGCCUCGAAGCACUGGGCUUUAUUCACAGUGAUAGUACAUAGGGCAUAGUACUAUCAGUCUUUUAUGUGCCAAAUAAUAUCAGUUGUGUCCAUCAGCCAAUGGACUGGAUUGAUCUGCUGCUUAAUUAUUCUAUGUUUCAUGGCAAUGCUCUGGUGCACUUUGCCUGAUGCAGCAGUACAGUGCAAUAUGCACUGUGAGUCAUGAUUGUCAUUGUGUCUUCAGAAGUAUUUAUAUCUUUGGAGCUUUUUAAAAAGCACUUUUAGUCACAUGACAAAUUUGGUACAGUCAGUAUGUUGGCUUGAGAAUAUGAAUGAAUGCCCUGCCAUUAGAAAGGGGUAGUUUUGAAACUGGGGGAGGUAAAGGUUUUGUAUUUUUUUAUGUGCUUGAAAUGUAGGUCUUGAUUAAACACCCAUUUGAAUUCUUACUUAAUAUUUGUAUACUCUUUUCUUUUCCAAUAUAUGUAUUUUUAAAACCCUGAAAAUAAGACACACAGUGUACACUUUAGAGGUGGAAUGAAUCAGAUUGGAUACAACUAUGAACUUCUCUGAAAAGAAUUACCUCCUUGAAGAAUUAUGUGAAAGAGGAAUUGAACAGAAAAUAUUAUGUCCAGUAGAGGGAGACAUAUUAAAACCGAAAUUUAAAGCUUUUCUCCACAGGAGUAAAUCUGGGCCAACUUGUCAUUUUUACCAUCGCUUCAAUGUAUCUAUACUGUAUCUAUACUUCAAUGAAUCUAUACAAAAA